AUGGACGAAGACUCAAGAACAAGAUUAUGCGAAGGUUGUCAGAAGAUUUCAGUUGACGAACUCGUUUCUGACAGUGGAUUAACCCACAACCUCUUACCUGCCGACUGUCGGUUCUGCUUACUUCUCCUCCAAGCGCUCCAGAACUGUGGCUGUGGAGCCGAAUGGAAGGUCCAGGAUGUUGAAAGCACUCAACAAGUUUGGCGGGCUGAGAUGAAGCACGAAACCCACUUUAUAAGUGCUCAACGCUGGACCAAUCCUGUAUGGGGUGAUAAACUUUGGGAAGGCCCAGUACCAGACGGUCUCGUCAAGCUUUGGGCACGACCACUGCAACAGGCACGCCGGCUGAUAGAAAAGCUCCAGACUGAAUUAGAAUCUCCAGUGAAUACUAUAAUUGAGGAAAGAAUCGAAGGUAUCACCGUAUGCUACGGUCGGACGUUGGUAAUGAACAACAAGAAGUGGCCCAAGUCUCUAUAUGUCAUCGAACAUGGAGGUAACGCUUUACAAGCAGCUAUUAGCCCAUUGGGUGGAACUGAAAGAUAUGUGAAAAAUCUGGAACACAACAAAGUCCACAUUUGCUCUGGGUCUCUCGUCUUCACUGCUACACCUGGUUCUUCCAUAACAGCGUUGCUUCAAUACCGCAUUCCAGCUCAACAGACAGACUCGAAGGAUAAUUACGAUCUUGUCAAGAGCUGGGUCAAAAAUUGUACAGACUAUCACCAAAAAUGCAAUCACCCAAGCUCAGUCAAAGCUCGGUUGCCCUCGAGACUUGUGGAUGUCGAUGGCGACGGGAAGAAGCACAACAUAAAGCUAGUGGAAACGUUUGAGGGUAGUGCGUCGAGCGCAACAUCAGCGUCACAGUCCUAUAUAGCUUUAAGCUAUUGUUGGGGAACCACGUCUUCGAAGGGAGAUUUUGAAGCCGGGGAGAAAUACCGAACGACAUUCCAAAACAUUGAAAGGCGGAAAGCAGGCUUUUCUGAGCUUGACCUCCCUCCCACAAUUCGAGAUGCAGUUACCAUUACGCGACGCCUUGGAUUCAAGUAUCUAUGGGCUGAUGCGCUGUGCAUUCUGCAAGGAACGGAUCCGAAGGCCGCAGAAGACUGGGCCUCAGAAGCGACAAGAAUGCACCAGAUUUACGGUAACGCCUCGCUCGCCAUCGCCGCUGCCAGCGCGGCAUCGGCUUACGAUGGCAUCUUCGAUUUAUUCAACUAUAGGAGCGAAAGCGCUCCAGUUGAGAUUAAUCUGUGGUCAAGCCACCCUCAAAUUGGCCAAGGCAGCGCAUUCUCGAAGCUGCUCAUCUCUUCAGACUCCAGCGACAUGCCUCUGUACCAUCGGGGCUGGACCCUCCAGGAGCGCAUUCUCUCACCUCGAGUCGUAACAUAUACCUGUGACCAGCUACUAUGGGAGUGCCAGACCACGACCCUAACGCAAAGGGGCCUCCCAAUGGAGUCUCUCCAUACGUCCCGCCUCCCAGAUAACUGCUCAGUGGGCGAGCUACAGGACCGCUGGCAGGUCCUAGUAACUGACUACUCAGCCAGGGACCUCUCCUUCUCGACUGAUAAGUUACCCGCUCUAUCGGGCCUCGCACAGGCUUUCCAAGCCCAGCUGCAGGAUGAUGAGUAUCUCGGCGGCCUUUGGCGGAGCUCGCUUCUGGAUGACCUCCUUUGGAUCCACAGACCAGUAGACGUUGGACGUCGAACGGUUCAGGGUCGACCCUCAGAGUAUAGAGCGCCGUCGUGGUCGUGGGCCUCAGUUGACGGCAACGUGCGUUGGUUAUACGCCGAUGCGAACCCGCAAGGGCCCAUUCUGGGCAAAAGUAAUUGA